AUUUUUAUGUUAUAAUCACGAAAUAUGCUUUUGUUUUCAGUUGUAUACGUCUGCUUGUUCACAGUACUUUGGGUUAUCGUUACCCCAGACUUUGGUGCUUAUAGAUCACCUGGAUAUAUUUCCACUGAUAUUCCUUACAGUGCAGUCGGUUUCUAUAAUCAAUGGAAUAUAGCUAAUUCAAUUGAUAAAGGCAAACCGGUUGAGACAUUUAAAGAGACAAUUUUCAGGAAACUACUGUCGUAUACCAGGGAUUGUGGCCUCUUGGAGGAUGAUGUUGGCGAAGGGUUGGUUAAGUACGCUCACGCGAUAUGCACCAACUCCUGCUUACCAGAAUACCGACUUCAUUUUGGACUCUCCGCCGCUUAUCUGCCAUGUCAAGACAUAUAUGGCAUCAACUUCGGCGUCUGUUGCCUCGCCCACAAGACGACAUCCUUCUCCGCCAAUUUCAAGGAUGAAGAAAGAUUCUGGGACUACGAACCGUCUGAUUUUCACUUCUACGAUGGAGUGAUUAUGUCACAUCUUAACUGGAACAGAAUGCUUGAAGAUAGACCUGUACAGUCUGCUUUAGAUACCCAGAAGUUGAAAAACAGACAAUUUCAAAUGGAAUUAUCUCAGGAGCUUGUAUGCGGUCUCUCAGUAAAAAGGCAUAUAUACUCAAAUAAACCUUUCUACGUAAACUAUACGCGACCUUUCGAAAAACUGUUAUUGGUGUUCUUCUGCAUGGAUCCACGGCUAUGCACGAUUUCCACGUCCGGGGACUUCAGACCUAACCCCGCCUGGGACAGUUUCUGCCAGAGCAGGCUGCACAAGGGGUCAAGUGCAGGGCAGAGAGCCAAGACCCGGUGUUGCCACCCUGCCAAUGCUCAGGCAGGGUACUUCAGUCAACAGUUGUUCGACUGGCGGUUCCCACAACUGCCGUGGUUCCUGCGGUACGCUCCUGGAGUACGCAGCAACUUCAUGUGUGAAGUAUACAACCGAUAUGUCUGCAAAGGCACCGAAAACACUUGUUUCUUGAAUCACGGUAUCAACAGAGCUUCAGGCCGCCCAGUCCACAUCAAGGCGACUACCAUACGUGAAUUUCCUCAUAUUAAUGGUGACAGAGCUUGGCGAUGCCUGGGGGGAAAGUGUGGAGCUACGGUGAGGACUGAUGCUCAUGCAACGCUAAUUGUAUCAUCUAGCGGUAAACACCAUGGUCCCCACCCUGUUACCAUGAGAACUUUGGCUGUUUCUCUAUCUAAGUGUGCUACAGUCGGAUCUAGGCUCUCAUCAGGGGCUUCAACAUCGUUUGGUCAAUCCAAUGUGUCACCAUCACCGCCGGUGAAUGAUGUUGGGUCACCCACAUCUAUCGCUUGCGCGCCGACACAGGUUGUCCCCGAUGACGCCUCCUGCCGUGUGUCACACCCGUGUCCGCGAGUCGGUACUUCAACUCCACUAGCUGAUUCCGAGGAUUGGACAACAGUGAAAAGAGUGGCCGACCUGCUUGCCGAAAAUAGCAUGUUAAAAGACAGUAUACAGCAACUCAAUGAACGUUAUAAACAUGUACUAGACCACUCAAUUGAGUCAGAUACUCGAUUGAUGCAGUUUACUGACCAGGUCUUCGUAGCAAGCACGAUGCGGCGUGCCUCCGCGGCUGACUGCGGCGUGCAGUGCGAUUCGCCUUCUCGCGCCUCCGCGGCUGACUGCGGUGUGCAGUGCGAUUCGCCUUCUCGCGCCUCCGCGGCCGACUGCGGCGUGCAGUGCGACCUGCCCUCCGAAUGCAGAGACCAGCGGUGUGCUGAGAUCAGGGACCUCGUGGCCAGCCUGAGGACCACCAUUGAAGUUCUUGAAGCCGAAAUUCAAUGCUUGAAAGAGGAGGGGAAGAAAAGUGCGAGCGAAAGAGAGCAGAAAGAACUAUGGGAGCAAACAUCUGACGAUUCACCCCCGGCCGGUGGCUGCUACGUCAUCGUGGCUGACACCAAUGACGUUGCUUCGGGUCAGCAGUACAAUAUAUACAGACAUCUCGAGCGCCGCAUCACGAGUAAACUGAGAACCUCAAGAGUUGUUGUCUCCACCCUGCCUCACAGACACGAUCUGCCAGCCAGUCACAAAAUCAACUAA